GGAGACACCAGCGCGAGCGGUGGCAGGGGGCGGGUUCACCGCCGUGCCUAUAUGAGCGUGUAGGACUGUGUAUGUUCCGUACGUUGGGUAGGGCGUGCGGGGCGGAUAAGCGACGCAUACCGCGAGGGCGGGGAGGGAUCCUUCUGCAGCCAGUGUGGAGGGGCGUGCGCGGGCGGGUGCGCGCGCUGCGAAGCCCACCCCACCCCAGCGCAGCCCUCCCAUCCCAUCCCUCCCAUCCCAUCCCGCCGCGCGCCGAGGAGGCGCUCCGUGCCGCCGUCGGGGACGCGGAAUCGCCCUUUCCCGUCGCUUCACACGGCGGCGACGCGGCCUACAGCAGCGGUUAACACUGCGUGGAGUCAAAGAACACUGGGCUGGAGUGGAAAAAAGGCCCCAGGAGGAGCGAGACGAUGUGACAUGAACAGGGCUGAAGAAGAAGUGUUUGCGCUGCGUUAGCUUUAGCUAGCAGCUCAGCUCUUAGUCUGUGUCUGUCCAAAUAACACAAAAUGUCGGUCACGACGUUCUCAGUCUUCUUGCAUAUUUUUUUAAAAAUUUUUCUUUAAUUUCAAUUCUUUGUGCUCGUAUUAAACAUGUCGCUGAUACAUUAACAAUAUUGUGGUCAUCAAACUGAAUACCAAUUUCUCCAUGCAUUGAAAGCCAGGUCAUGGAUUUCCCGGGACACUUUGACCAGAUCUUCCAGCAGCUCAACUACCAGCGUCUCCGUGGUCAGCUGUGUGACUGUGUGAUCGUGGUGGGCAGCCGGCACUUCAAAGCCCACCGCGCCGUACUGGCAGCCUGCAGCACCCAUUUCCGUGCCCUCUUCACGGUGGCGGAGAGUGACGGUGGCAUGAACAUGAUCCAGCUGGACAGCGAGGUGGUGACCGCAGAAGCCUUCGCUGCCCUGGUAGACAUGAUGUACACCUCAACGUUAAUGCUGGGGGAGAGCAACGUCAUGGAUGUGCUGCUCGCUGCCUCGCACCUGCACCUAAACUCAGUUGUGAAGGCCUGUAAGCAUUACCUCACCACGCGCACGUUGCCCAUGUCCCCCCCGGGGGAGCAGUCUGUGCACGCUUCUGAUCAGCACCCUGCUGCCACUGCUGCAGGCUCCAGGCUCCAGCGCUCUUUCCUUCUGCAGCAGGUGGGCCUCAGCCUGGUCAGCUCUGCCCUUGGUAAGGCGGAUGGUGGGGCUACUGGGCUAGGAGGUGGUGGGGAGGUGGAGCAAAGGGCCUCCUUCCCCAUCCGACGCUUUCACAAACGUAAGCAGUCCCUGCCUCUUGUGUCCCCUGAGGACCAGCCAAGGCAGCGACCCCGACCGUCUUCCGUUGCCUUGGAAGAGCCUACCCGGGUGAGGGCUGUUGUUGAGGGAAUUGGGGAGGAGAGUGAAUUCUUCUCGCCAGAUUCCCACAGGGUGCCCGACGAGUCGAAACUGGAGACGGAUAUGGCAGUUGAUGAAGAUGAUGAUGGUGGCAGAAGUGGGAUGCCAAGGGAACCGUAUGGGUCGCAGGCAGCACAGGAGGAUGCACAGGUGCCAAGUCAGUCAGACAGUGGUGUUGCCCGUGACCAGGGCCUGCAGGAGAAAGAGGAGUACUCAGACAGCCUGCAACAGUGCGAGGGUCUCCUCAUCAAGGUAAAAGAGGGAGCUGAGGAGGAGGAGCAGCAGCAGCAGCCUCAGCAGAUGCAGGUGGUGGUGAAGAGCGAACCCCUGAGCUCACCAGAGGCCCCUGAUGAGACCAGUGACAUCACCUCUCAGGCAGAGGGCAGCGACCAGGCAGAACCUGUUGCAGACAAGGCCGAGCUCAGUCCGGAGAGCAGCGACCGCAGUUUCUCUGACCCGCAGUCCAGCACAGACCGUAUCCGGGAAAUCCACCGGGUGGAAGCGGGUGUGGCCAGGGGAGCUGAUGCAGGUAAUGGAGAAGCGGUGGGAGGUCUGGCCUCCAGCGAUGACCUGGAUAGUAAGCAAGGGUUUGGCAUGUCUGGCUUUCUCGGUGCAAAGAGGUAUGGGGUGACAGGUUCAAAGCACGGACCUAUUGUUGAUGACAAUUUGCCCAACACAACCACCGGUGAGUGCAUUCUGGAUGGAGAGGCUGCUAGGUACCUGCUGAGCCCCGAGUCAGCCAACGGUUCCUCUUCCUCUCUCCUGCACCCCAGCAUCCACCACUCCCACCAGCACAUCCCAGGAGAACCUCACCCUUUCAGUGACAUGCAGACAGAUUCCUUUUUCCUGAGGCCAGUGCAGGAAGGUUUGAGUUACCCUCGGGUUGGGUCUGAUCAGUUUUCCCUGGACUGCCAGCGGCCCAACAUGAGUCUUCAUUCUCUGUCCCGCUCCUCUAGGGGUGGGACUGGUAGUGCUAACCUGGGUUUCCCAGGCUACCGCCGAAUCGCUCCCAAAAUGCCCUUGAACGGUGGUGCCGGGUCCAUCCGUGCAGACAAUUCUCAACUCCAGGACACAGCAUCCUCAUCGUCCUCUUCCUCCUCCGCGGCCAUCUGCGGCGCACUCCUCAAUGGGCCCGCCUACGAAGGGGUUGGGGUACAGCGAGGGGCCCCCGCUGCUGCGCCCCCUCAGCUGACAAGAGCCUCUGCAGAUGUGCUUUCCAAAUGCAAAAAGGCACUGUCGGAGCACAACGUCCUCGUGGUGGAGGGGGCCCGCAAGUACGCCUGCAAGAUCUGCUGCAAGACGUUUCUGACGCUGACGGACUGCAAGAAGCACAUCCGUGUGCACACGGGCGAGAAGCCCUACGCCUGCCUCAAGUGCGGCAAGCGCUUCAGCCAGUCCAGCCACCUGUACAAGCACUCCAAGACCACCUGCCUGCGCUGGCAGAACAGUAACCUGUCCAACGCUUUGCUCUGAUCAGUCAAAAAAUUCUGGCAGGAUGGGGUUGGCUUGUUUUGGAUAAGUGCUUUCUGUGCUUUUCAACGUCUAACUGUAAAAUACACUAAUGCGGGAACGCGACAUCUUAGUCUAUAUGGUUUGUCGCUAUUUUUAUGUAUCCAGACUUCUUAAAGUGAGUUUGUUGUAAUUGUUUAAUCUCUUACUGAAGGAGCAUUAGUGUAGUUUUCCUGAUGAUCCUAACUUUUAGACAUCUCGCCAGGAAUGGGCAUCAGCACUAUAUCGUGGUCUUUAAGGUGAGGUGUGUUCAUCAUUGCUAUAAGAACAGACCUGCGUGGUUGGUAGGAAAGGGGCAGCUGGCUUUCUGCCCUUCUGUUCUGCUCGUUCUGCUCAUUACAUGUGUUUCUACUUACGAAGGACCCUAAAGUUAAAGGGAAGCUUUGUUCUAUUUGUGACAGUGGUCGUGGGCACACUUAAUAACCUUUAUUUGCACAAAACCCAGGUUUUUUUUUCUUUUGGAAAUAUUAGAGCUUGGAGCGCAGUGUUUUGUUACCGAAGUGGUCCUGAGACUGAUGUGAGGAUCCACAAUAAGCAGGUUUAAGGCCGUCUGUAGGCUGCUCUACAGUGAGAUUGUGGCUUUUUUAAAAAGCAGCAGAAUAGGGAACUGAUUUUAUAGCUGCCCCAUUUUAAAUAUAUUUCACCAAAGAGAACUUUUAUUUGCAUUGAACUUACUGUGGUAGCAAUGGCAUUUAACACUUAAGCUGUUAAAUAUUGUAAAUGUUGGCGAUACCUUAAGAAAGCAUGAUUAAGGCUGAAUGCAUUUCAUUUGUGAACUUCCUUAUGAUUUGUUACUUUUGUUGAGGCUGCUUCUUCAACUGUUUCCCACGUUUUCUCUUCCCUUUUCAUUAACAGCUUGUCAUUUUCAGGUUCGCAGCAGUCUGGAGCCUGUUGCACAAUCACUGGGCACAUGGCUGUUAACGGUACACCCUGGAUGGAAUGCCAGUUCACUGCAGUUUAUCCACCCACACAUAUUCACUCACGAGAACACUAUAUGGGCAAUUAAGCAUUGCCAAUUCACCUGACUGGUGUGUCUUUGUACUCUAGAACAAAAGCUGAGUACUGAGAGGAAACUCAUGUAGACAUGGGGACAAAAUGUAAUCUCCACAAAUACUUUGCUGGAUUUGAACCCAAAAAGCUCGGGCACUGUGAGGUAGUAGCGUCACCAUGAGUUUCUUGUGGGGGGAAAGAGACCUUUUCUAUCUUCUCCAUCAACUGAAAAAUUGCUCAUACUUUUUAUAAAUGGCUGUAGUGCUUGUUUAUACUGUGAUCGUAAAUGGGUACGUAUACUGCAAGUAGCUGUACCUUCACCCAAAACGUACUGGCCGUCUCGGGAUUCCUUUUUUUUUUUUUUU